GGCCUAAGAGCAAUGGAUGGAAGGAGGAGUUGUGUGCAGACAAAUGUAGGCUUAUUGUCAAAGUUCCUAACGAGGAAGUCCAUCUGGGUGUGUAAAGGGUCCUCCUGUGCCGGGCUGCCUCUUGAGGCCUUUCCUAAUAACGUUCUGUGUCGCCUCCGGGAAGCAGUCAGUUCUCCUGGGCCCUCAGUUUGGCCCUCGGCGAAAUGGGACGUAAUGGAGCUGGCCCGGAUGAUUUCUGAGGCUCCUUCCCGCUCUAUCAGUUUAACGGGUCUGGGGAGAAGUUCUUUCUCUUCUUCGCUGCUUCAGCUGAGAGGCUGGAGCUGGAGUUCCAAAGGGAGCCACUAAGGUCGGCGGCCUGGGAGCGAGGGAGGAUGGAGAAGGUGCAUCCGGGGACCCUUCCCCCACCCAGCGCCUGAAGGUUAGACGGGCUACCCCUCCCCCUGGGGCUGGGCCGGGGCCCGGGCUUCCGCCUCACGUCAGAGCUCGCCCGCGCCUCCGCCUUAAAAGGCGUGGCUCCCGAGGCCCUGGCAGACCGCUGCUUCCCGAAGCUCGGGCUUCUCCUCCUCUGCCGUCCCGGUACCUGGGCCAGCCUCCCGAUCGGUCCCAGCAUGUGCGCCGCGCGCUCCGUGCACGCCUUCUCGGCUCGCCUACUGGGCAGCGGAGAGCUGCUGAGCCUGGCCUCGCUGCGGGGCAAGGUCCUGCUCAUCGAGAAUGUGGCGUCUCUCUGAGGCACCACCAUCCGCGACUACACGCAGAUGAACGAGCUGCAGAAGCGCCACGGGGGUCGCGGCUUCAUGGUGCUCGGCUUUCCCUGCAACCAGUUCGGCCACCAGGAGAAUGCUAAGAAUGAGGAGAUCCUGAAUUCUUUGAAAUUCGUCCGACCUGGCUCUGGGUUUGAGCCCAACUUCAUGCUCUUUGAGAAGUGUGAGGUGAAUGGAGAGAAGGCUCACCCUCUCUUCACCUUCCUCCGGGAGGCACUGCCAGCCCCAAGCGAUGAUACCAAUUCCCUGAUGACCGACCCCAAGCUCAUCAUCUGGUCUCCAGUGUGCAGGAAUGACAUCUCUUGGAAUUUUGAGAAGUUCCUUGUGGGUCCCGAUGGCGUGCCAGUGAAGAGGUACAGCAGGCGAUUUGAAACCAUCAACAUUGAAAAGGAUAUCGAGGAUCUUCUGACGAAGACGCCCAAGGAGGUCUAAGGCCGUAUUGCUCCGAGCCCUCCCGAUGUUCUCUGAAAUGGGCUGUCUGGGGUUUGGCAGGAGGGUGCUAAGGGUCCGUGAGGGUUUUAUCUAUGAUGGUGUUGUUUUAAACCAUUAAGGAGAAAGAACACUUGAUAAUGCUUGUAAAAUCCCAUGAGACUUUAGGGGCCUGCCUUGCCUUUACUCUGGAUAGCCUGUCCAUUCUAAUAAAGUUCUAGAAGAAAAA